AUGGUACGCCAUUUAACGCUGAAUACACCUCGCAGUGACGAAGGGACGGCGAACCCUUUUGCUCAAGACGAAGUUGAGACUUCGGAAUCGCCCCCCUCGAGAACGUAUGCGACAUACGACUCUCCAAAUGGUACCACUGCAAAUUUGCUUUCCAAUGAAAGUUCCCUGUCUGAGGAUUACAAUAAUAUUAAUAAUACUACCAAUACAAAUAUCAGCAAUUUAAGAGGCGACAGUAACAAUAACCUUAACGCUGGAUGGGUUAAGGGUCCAGCUGAAUACGACCGAUUUCCCUCAAGAAUAGGCUCGAGGGUUGUGUCCAGCAGCUCUUUAAACCUGAUGGGAUACAGAAUGAAAAACGGUAAGAUACAGCAGGACUCGAACGAAGACAUGAAAAGUAAUAAUACUCGUGGCUUAGACCCGUUUAUGCUUGAAACAUACGAUUUUUCCCCCUUUGGUGGAUAUCCUGCCUCGUCUUUCCCGCUCCAUAUUGAUGAGAAGGAGCCUGAUGAUUACUUGCAUAACCCAGAUCCUAUUGAGGAUGCCGCUUAUGAUCGAAAUAGGUUCAAGUACGAUUUGAAAAACUUGGACAGGAGAUCUCUAGGUGGACUCUUGGGGGUUAUUGCGCUUUUCCUAGGUGCAAUAGGAUUAUUUGUGGUUCUCCCCUUGCUUACAUACAGUAACAUUAAUGUCAAAUACACUCCAGAAUCAUACGAGAUAUUGACUCAAUAUGAAUAUCCUACGCUUAGCGCGUUGAGGCUGUUGGUUGACCCAGAUACUCCAAGUGAUGUGUUAACCAAAACAGUAAAGAAUGGAGACUCUUGGACGUUGGUAUUCUCAGAUGAAUUCAACGUGGAAGGUAGAACCUUUUAUGAUGGAGACGACCAAUUCUGGCAAGCUGUGGAUAUUUGGUACGCUGGGACUAAAGAUUUGGAAUGGUAUGACCCAGAUGCUGCCUCUACUGAAAAUGGAACGUUAAACUUGAGAAUGGAUGCUUAUAAAAAUCAUGAUUUAUUCUACCGUUCUGGUAUGGUACAGUCUUGGAAUAAAUUUUGCUUUACACAGGGGAUGCUUGAGAUAAGCGCAAGAUUACCCAACUAUGGUAAUGUGUCUGGAUUAUGGCCAGGUUUAUGGUCGAUGGGUAACUUAGGUCGUCCAGGUUAUAUGGCUUCCACGGAAGGUGUGUGGCCCUAUACUUAUGAUAGCUGUGAUGCGGGCAUCACUCCAAAUCAAUCUUCUCCUGAUGGUAUCUCUUACCUUCCAGGUCAAAAAUUGAAUUCGUGCACAUGUAAAAAUGCAGAUCAUCCAAACCCAGGGACUGGAAGAGGAGCUCCUGAAAUCGAUGCUAUUGAAGCUGAGACGGAUACUACUAAGAAUGUUGGAGUGGCUUCACAAUCAAUGCAAAUCGCACCCAUGGAUAUUUGGUACAUGCCCGACUAUAGCUUCUUGGCUAUACAUAAUGCUUCUGUAACAACUGUAAACACAUACGCAGGGGGACCAAUUCAGCAGGCCGUUUCGGGUACCACUACAUUAAACUCAACGUGGUACCAAUAUGGAAGUGGCUUGGAACACAAUUUCCAAACAUAUGGAUUCGAGUACCUUAACGAUGAUGACGAUGGGUAUGUUACUUGGUAUGUCGGUGAACCAACACUCACAGUUCACGCGUAUGCACUUGCUCCAAAUGGAAAUAUUGGGUGGAGAAGGAUUUCAAAGGAACCAAUGUCAAUAGUUCUCAAUUUGGGUAUUUCAAAUAAUUGGGCGUAUAUUGAUUGGGCUGCGAUUUCAUUCCCAGUUACGUUCAGUAUCGAUUUUGUCAGAGUGUACCAACCAGAGGAUGACAUCAAUGUGACUUGUGACCCACUGGAUUUUCCAACUUAUGAUUACAUUCAAAGUCACUUGAAUGCAUACAGCAACAACAACCUUACUGGGUGGGAACAAGCCGGGUACAGCUUCCCUAAGAACACUUUAGUCGGCUGCUAA